AUGCGGGUUCAGAGCUUAAACUUGCAGGUGGUUUCUAUUCUUGCAAGGAAGGGUAGAUGUGAGCGUGCUUCAAUUGAUGAAGUGUAUCUUGAUCUCACUGAUGUUGCUGAAGAAGCAAUGUUAGCAGAAACUCCUCUAGAGAGCUUGGAAAAAAUUGAUGAAGAAGCUCCAAAAUCUCAUAUCUUGAGUCUUAAUGAGGAUGUAAGUGAUCACAAAGACAAUGUGAGGGAGUGGCUCCAUAGGAGUGAUGCCGAUCACCUUGAUAAGUUGUUAGCUUGUGGGACCCUUAUUGUUGCAGAACUUAGGAUGCAAGUUUUGAAGGAAACUGAGUUCACAUGUUCUGCUGGAAUCGCUCAUAACAAGAUGCUGACCAAACUUGUAAGUGGUAUGAAUAAACCUUCACAACAAACUGUUGUGCCCUUCACAUCUGUUAAAGGAUUGCUUGAACAUUUACCUAUAAAGAAAAUGUAAGAUUUUGCUUCAGAUAGUCAUAUUACUUGUUAUUUCAAUUCUUAAACUUCAAUUUUCU